AUGGCUACUGGGCCACUGGGCCACUGGGCCGUUGACAGCAUGACUGGUGCCUCUGCCCUCAGGCCUCUAUACCUGGAACGCCUGGGACGCCCGUACGCCCUAGGGUGCUGCUUGGCCCGACCUUGGGUCAACCUCGUGUGUCCCACCCUACCUUCCUCUGUCGUCUCACCUCUUUGGUCUCAAGUUUAUACAGUGCGUCACUCCCACAACCUCAUCCGCCGCCUUCCCGACCACCGCCCCGCCGCUCCCGGUCCCCUCCUCGCUGCUGCGUCAACCUUUUUUCUCACCCUUCCCCUCAUUGGCCUGCCCCACCGAUCAAAACUCGUCUCUCUGUCGACCAUCAUGCCUGCCGCGGCCAACGCGACGUCCGCCUCCCCUGCGCGAGCCCCCAAAAACAUUGCCGUUGUGGGCGGCGGCAUUGUUGGCGUCUGCACAGCCUACUUCCUUGCCAUCUCUCCUCACCGUCCUGCCGGAUCCAAGAUCACCCUCGUCGAAGGCACGGGCGUCGCGUCGGCUGCUUCGGGAAAUGCGGGCGGCUUCCUCGCACGCGACUGGCACGGACCAGCAACUGCUAGCCUUUCCGCCAUGUCGUUUGACUUGCAUCGCAAGCUGGCAGAGCAGUUUGGUGGCUCCAAGCAUUGGCAAUACCGUUCUGUUGACACUCUGUCUGUGACGAUCGAUGGGCAAGCGGAGCCGGCCACCUCCCGCUCGCCUGUUCCUUGGAUUCCUAAGGGCAACAUCCAAAAGCACUCGCAGCUUGGCACACACUCGACCACAGCACAGUGCCACCCUCGGCUGCUGACAAGAUUCCUUGCAGAGCGUUUCCUGCGUGAAGAGGGCUGCGCGCUCGUGCUGGGGACGGCCAAGGCACUAGCGUUGGAUUCUGACGGCGUACCCCACACCCUCAUGGUCAACCUCAAGGAGGACGGGAGUGAGCGUAUUAUCGACGUCGACACAGUCAUCCUCACUGCUGGACCAUGGUUGGGCCGCCUCGCUGAGGCUCUCCUUCCUUCCUCGGCAGCCCGCGGCGUCGCAGUAGACGGCCAGAUGGCACACACUCUUCUCCUUCGCACCAAGGAGCCGACGACUCCCCACUGCCUCUUCGUCGACCUCACCCUUAACGACGGCGCAGUGUCUGAGCCCGAGGUUUACCCGCGACCAGAUGGAACCGUUGUCAUCUGCGGCGCUUCGUGCGCCGUCGACCUCCCCGAAACCGCUGGCGACAUCAUUGGCGACCCCGCAUCGGUCGACAAGCUGAGGACACAGGCAGCAGGUAUCUCGCCCGUGUUCAGCGAGGAGGGCGGGGCGGCGUUUGAGUCGUCGACAGCAUGUUUCCUCCCCAUCCCUGAUCGUGGGCGCCCAGUUAUCGGCAAGGUCCCUGGCAUGGAGGGCGUGUACGUCGGCGGUGGGCUCAGCUGCUGGGGCAUUACCCAGGGUCCGGGGACGGGGUUGGUGCUUGCCGAGAUGGUGCUCGAGGGCGAGGCCAAGACGGCAGACGUGUCCAAGUUGUCACCAUAG